CUCGCACCCAGACUCUUCACCAGUCUGCCGAGGGUACUACCGUCUCAUCUGCCAAGGCCGUCAACGCGACCCUGUCUGGCUCAUCCGCUGUCUCUGAGUAAGUUUCCCUCCUUCCGAUCUUGUUUCUAGUUUUCUUACACUCUCUCAGGUCUGUCCCCAUUGUCACUCAGUUCAUCACUACCUCUGUGACUGAGACUGCGUACUUGACUGCCACUGCCACUGAGAGCCAUGUCGACUCUGAGCCCGUGGUCAGCAUGUCUUCAACGAGCGCUUUCACCAGCGAGGCUACCCCUACCCCAUCGGUAGAGCCCUCUUCUGCUGAUAUCGCCUCGGUCGUCCUUACCAAGACCCUGACUGAAACUCAUGUGGUCACGUCCGCUGUCCAGGAGGUCACCUCAACCGUCACUUACACACCCACGACCAUCAUUCUGUCCACCGUCACGGUUGACUUCCAGCCCAGUUUCACUCCUUCCCUCGAGGCCCAGUGCUCGCCCGAGGUUCAGGACCACACCGUGUACGUGACCGUCACCGAGGCAGCCAUUGUCAGCUCGUCCUCCUCGGCCCGCGUUUCUUCCAAGGUCUCAAAGACGCCCUCUUCGGCUCCUGAUUCCGAAACCACUGAUACCAUCUUGGUUACCUACACGGUCACUGUCGAUAGCCUGACGCCCAUCUCGAAGAUCCCCAUCGUCAGCUCGUCCUUUGACAUCCCCAAGCAUUCGACCAAGACCUACUCGCGCUCCAAGGCGACCCAGGUUGUGACAGAGGUAGCGACGCAGACCGUCUACGUCACCGUGGCUGAUGGAACCACUCUGAACUUCAGCACUGCAGUGUCUUCUGCCCUAGGCCACGUCGGCACUCCUGCCCUGACCUCCACCGAGACCUCCCAGGCCUCGACCGCCACAGAUGUCGUCGUCAUCACCAAGACGGUCGUCGACCAGGUAUAUGAGACCAUCACCGCCUCCCCCGCCUCCUCGGGCGGCGUCGAGACUCACAUCAUGACCGACACCCAAACCUCCGUCGUCACAAUCACAGCCAGCGACCACGUCCAGACGUCCCUGGUCACUGUCCACAAGAACCUGACCGUCACAGUCACGCAGAGCAAUGCCCGGGACAGCACUGCUAGCAUCUCGACGGACGUUUUCCGUCUGCCCACGGUCAACACGACCAUCUACAUCACGGGCACCCCAAUGCUGCACCCGCGCCCUACCACGGACGCCUUCCCCCCCUACCCCUUCACCAACGGCACCGUCUUCCGCCCGACCGCGCCCCCUGCCCUGUCCUUCGGCAGCAGCGCCAGCGGUAGCGACUCCCGUCCGUCCGCCAGCACCACGGUGGUCGUCGUCUCCAACGCGGAGAAGCGCGCCGAGCCUGUCAUGUUCGGCUUCGAUGCCGCCACCGGCGGCUGCAAGAGCUGCACCACGUGCCUGGUCAUCUUCGUCCUGGGCCUGCUGGUUAUGUUCUAAGCAGCAUUCUCACUCUUUACUUUGUUUGCUUUGCUUUCCUCCCCACUAACUGAGGCAUUAAAAAAAAGCAAAGCACAUUUCUUUCUGUUCUUCUUUGGACGGAGUUGGAAUGGUUGAUACCCCCACUCGUUCUGCGGAAUGGUUUUUCGGGGAUAUUUUUCUCGUAUGAGUUCCGAUACUUGAUCGUUCGGCAACGGGGAUGAAACCGCAGAGGGGUUUUUCCCUGCUCUUCACGGUAUAUUUGGAACCACGACCGAAGGAACUUCAAGGUCUGCGAGGGCGGCACUUUCUCAGAUGUGAUGUCCCCUUCUCUUUCUCGACAACGGCUUUUGGGUGGUAGUUAUUCUUCACUUUUUUUUUUGUUGUAGAUAACACUUGCCA